UGUAAAACCCAACACCUACCAAUGGACCUGUCGUCUCACCUUGAUUGAAAAACAAAACAUACGCACAGCGAAGACGUCACCAAUGAAGUUCAUGCCGAUGAUAUUGCAGGACUCUACUGGAACCAAAGUCCAGGCCACUGCAUUCCAGGGUGAUAUAGAAGGGAUUGAUCAACGUCUUUCCGUGUACUCCACGUACCUCAUCUCGAACGCUUAUGUGAAACCUGUGACUCAAAUGCGCUACUGCAUUGACGUUAACUACCCUUAUGUAUGGUCAUUCAAUCGGCGAACCCUGAUACAAGAUGUCGAUGCGCCAGAAGGGGUUGAUUUUCGUGAGAUUGCUGAAUCAGAAACUGCAGCAUUCCGCGAUAUCUUUGACAGUUAUCAACAUGCCACACGUAUCAAUAUCUUGGGUGCAAUUGUAAAGAAAUUACCCCGCACCUUUAUUGUUUCCGAUGGGAAACAGCGGACUGCUUGGGAUGUUGUUGUUAUAAACGAAGAGUGCAUCCCUCUCCCAUUUACUAUGUGGGAGGAAUUUGUCAGCAAGCAUGGUGGUGAAAUCGAAAAGCUUCUGAACUCGGGUGGUUACCCCCUUGUCCUCAUCAACAGGGUUGCGAUCAACCUAUUCCAAGGUCUAGCGUUGUCUACUAGAUAUGACUGCCACAUGGAACUCAACCCUGACGGCGCUCGUGCUCUGUCAUUAAAAAAAUGGGUGGAUGGGAAUGCAAUCAAGAUUGCCACAUUGGUGCAGGAUAAAGCGUACAAUGAUGCACUUUCAAUCAUUUCAAAGCCUCUUGCGCAACCACGAAGCACCCUUUCAGGCUUAGAAACUGGAUUACUUGAGGUUAUUGUUGUAUGGGUAUUAGGAAAGUUUAGUUUGGUUGAUACCUCCCAAGAGUUCUUCUACAUUGGUUGUAACUACUGCAAUCGCAGAGUCUACGGUCCUGAAGGCAUAACUUUCCAAUGUCUGUUCUGUGGGCAAAAGCUCGGCACAACUACGAAGCGGUAACUCCCACAGUAACACCACACAGUAUGGUUUCCUUGCAUUCUAUUACUAAUAUCUUAAAUAAUAUUCAGAUUCAGGCUUGAUGCUUACCUCACUGAUAGCACCGCUUCCAUUGCCGUCACACUUUUCACC